GUGCAAGGGAAAACCCCAUUCCUCCUCGGCUCCUCCCUCUCCCCUGACCUGCCAAUCACCCACCCCCCUCUCACCUCCUCCAAUCACGGCAUCUCGUCUCCCUGGUCUUGGACCCGCACCGCGGCGGCGCAAUGGACAUCAUGGUGUGUGAGAUAUGUGGCAGUGGUAGCAGGCCCGAUCUUAUUGCAAACUGUGCUCGGUGCAAUGCUUAUGAGCACCUUUAUUGUAUGCAGGAGUUGACAUAUGUGAUUCCACAUGAAUGGUAUUGUGCUGGAUGCCAGGAAUAUGCUAACGGGUGCCCAAAACCUAGUCAAGGUGGGCAAACUGAGCUCCAAAACCCAUGGCAUGGUUGUGAUAAGCUGAAGGAAAGGGAAACUGUGAAGUUGAACCUCAGUCACAGCAAUGUGGCGCAUCAAAUUGAUCCCAGAUCUUCAAAUAAAUUUGGAAAUGCUAAAGUGAAAUUCAUUUCUUCUGAAGAAGUGGCAUCAUUGAGUAGAGAGAGGCCACCGUAUGUUAGGUCAAGGUUUGCUGUGCGGCCAAGUAAGGUUCACCCGUCAUCUCCUCCAAAUACAAAACACUCAUCCAAUUUGAAGUGUGUAUCCCCCAGCAGGAGUGACACACAAGUGCAAACCCUGAAACGAUGUGCUGCUGCAAAUCAUGAUCAAAUGAAAAUUGAGCAUAGGUCAUAUUUUGCUACUCAGCAAAGACCGGCUCAUCCUGCAUCUCCUCCAAACGUGAAGCAGCCAUCCAAUAUGAAAUCAAUAUCCCCCAGUAGGAGUGACAUGCAAGUGCAAGCCCUGAGACGAUGUGCUGCUGCAAGUCGUGAUCAGGCAAAGAUUGAGGGAAGGCCAGAUUUUGCCAUGCCGCAAAGACAAGUUCAUCCUGCAUCUCCACCACAUGCGAAACGGUUGUCAAAUAUGAAGUGCAUAUCCCCCAGUAGGACUGAAACGCAAGUGCAUACAAUGAAACGAUCUGCUGCUAACUGUCAGGAUCAGGCGAAGAUUGAUGACAUAAGCAUGAAACGGGACACAAGAUCUGGUGGUUCCAUGCCUACAAUUCACAGAUGUAGAACAAGUGAACUGGUUAAAGUAAAAGUUGACUCUAUGUCUGAAGCUAGAGAAACGAAGAUAGUGAAAGCACAUAAAGGAGAAAUUAACUCUGAGACUGAGGAUGAGCCUAGGGAAAUGGGAACAUUAUGUGCUUUAGACGGUGAUUCUGUAAGCAAAUCUGAAACGGAGAGUCUGAACCAGAGUAGAGACGUGCUACUCUCCAUCGAUUCAAGUGUGGAGUACACAAGACGCCCACCACCUGCAAUUUGUUGGAUGGGAUGCUUUCAUGUCUUGGAUGCUGGAGCAAAUCUUAAUCUUGGUGAAUUUAAAGCCCAGUUUCCAUCAAAAGUGUCAUCCAAGGUUUAUGAUAUUGUCAAGAUGAUACCUAAUAAUCUACAGUUGCAGUUAUUACCUCGAAUGAAUGACUGGCCAAAGUCUUUUGAGAUUAGCAAUCCGGUUUAUGAAGACAUUGGCUUAUUCUUCUUUUCUAAUGAACAUGAUGGGCAUGAAAAGCACUCUUAUUUAUUAGAAGCCUCCAGCAAUUAUGUUCUAAGGGCAUAUAUUGAUGGCAUAAAGUUGUUGAUAUAUUCCUCGGAAGUGCUUCCGCCUGAUUCUCAGUGGAUAGAUGGUGAGAGCUACUUAUGGGGGAUUUUUGUAAGAUCGAAGGGAAAGAGCGAUCCUCAGCUAUUCGGUUCAACCACUACAUGACUGUUUCGUUUCCCUGGGCAUGGUAGUAUACAACAGCGAAAAGGUAGUCUAAUCCAGAGGUGGUCAAGUGGACUCUCCGUUACAUGUAGCAGUGGCAUCUUCAUAUUGUAAUACAAGUCAUCGCACCUUUUGUAUCCAUCCGAUUCUGACCUUAUGACCCAAGGGAGAAGCUUGAGCUCCAUGAUUUGGGAGGAUUCCACCGUGCUGGUCCAUAACAAUACAUGUUUUUUCUUUGUCGCUUUGAUCUGAAACUAACUCCUGUAUAGCACGGCAACCAUCAGUCUAGCAAACUCUUGCAACUUGCUCUUGUGAUGUAUGUCCGUUGUUUGGCACAUUUGUGUGGUUGUUGAAUUGUGCGAAAAGGAGAA